AUGUACCACAACAUACGGUCGUUUGGUAUAGACGGGACUGAACCCAAGCACCUGGAGCUUUACUUCUAUGAUGACGAUCCCAGUCUAGAGCACCGGUAUUGCCGUUGCCACGAAGAGCAGUGCCAGCAAGACAAGGAACUUAUCAGAAAGCUGGUUGACAUACUUCAUGACAACCCAUACUCUAAACAACUCAGGAGUAUGGGACAGGUUGAGGAUCUUGAUGACUACCGUGUGACACUGAACCUUGAUCAUAGGUUGGACCAGAGAACAUAUAACAUGCCAGCCACUUCGGAGGUGGCCGCUGUUUGGGUUGAGGGGAGCGAACGCCGAAGGCACUUUGAGAAUAGCGUUAUCCUGCAAGGGAAGAACAAGCAAAUAUAUGGCAUCCGAUUGUAUCAUGGAUGCUAUGAUGCUCUGUCAUACCCUCUCUUUUUCCCUAGAGGCGAACUCGGUUGGCAUCCCGAUAUCCCAAAGGUCGGUGUGUCCAUCAAUGUGGUGACCGCGGCUCGUAUGGCUCGUGGUAAUAAUCAUGAGGACCCAGAUUCUAAUGGCAGGCUAUGUGUGUCUGUGCGGGAUUACUACUGCUACAAAUUCCAGAUACGGCCAGGGAUAUUCAACCCAAUACUGUUUGGCAAGCGUCUUUUUCAGCAGUUCGCGGUCGACACAUACAUCAAGAUCGAAAGCUCGCGGCUGGACUACAUAUGGGCUCAUCAGAAGGAGUUAAGGGCGGACCUGUACCAAGGUUUGGUGGACAGCGUGCAUGCCGGGGAGGGUAGAGCGGACGCGGUUGGAAAGCGGACCGUGCUGGCUACAUCAUUUAUCGGUGGACCUCGGGAUAAGAGGCGUCGGUACAUGGAUGCUAUGGCUUUAGUGCAAAAGUAUGGGAAGCCGAACAUCUUCCUCACAAUGACAUGCAAUCCAAACUGGGAUGAGAUCACGCGCGAGCUCUACCCUAGCCAAAUACCCCAGGAUCGUCCGGAUCUCGUCGUACGUGUUUUCAGGGAGAAGCUAGAGGAACUAAAAAAGCAGUUGCUUGAUAAGCACAUGCUUGGCAAGGUGAAGGCCUACGUCUAUGUGGUUGAGUUCCAGAAGAGGGGUUUACCGCAUGCCCACUUAUUGCUCAUCAUGAAAGGGCGGUACAAGCUCACAUGUCUGGAGCAGUAUGAUUGUAUCAUCUCUGCCGAGCUCCCGGACAAGCGUAACUACCCAGAGCUAUACAAGAUGGUUGUCAAGCAUAUGAUGCAUGGCCCUUGCGGUGUGCUGAACCAUGAUUGCCCGUGCACGAAGGACCGUCCGUCAUGCAAGAAUCAUUACCCGCGGUCUUUCAACGUGACUACCUUACAAGGAAAGGACUCCUACCCGGUGUAUAGGAGACGUGAUGAUGGCCGGCAUGCAAUGGUUCGAAAACACGAGCUAGACAAUAGGUGGGUUGUCCCAUACAACCCUUACCUCCUACGGCUGUUCAACUGCCACAUCAAUGUUGAGGUAUGCUCGAGCAUAAAGGCCAUUAAAUACCUAUUCAAGUACAUAUACAAGGGCCAUGAUCGGGCGUCGGUGUCUGUGAACGAGGCUGACAAGAACGGCAACAUGGAUGAGAUCAAGCAGUAUAGGGACGCGAGAUGGGUGACCCCCCCGGAAGCCUUGUGGAGGAUAUACGGCUUUGAACUGAGCAAGAACUCACCACCUGUGAUGCAACUACAACUUCAUCUCCCGAAUAUGCACAUGGUUUCGUUUCAAGAGGGCCAAGAUAUCCAAGAAGUUCUCAAUCGGGAAGAUGCUGAUAAGUCAAUGCUAACAGAGUAUUUCAAUGCGAACAAA